AUGACGUCAGCACCUUCCACUUCAGGUUCCGCCCUCAAUAUCGGAAUCCUUGGCCAUGUGGAUUCAGGAAAAACAACAUUAACACGAAGAAUCGCCGAGAUGGGAUCGACGUCAGCGUUUGACGCCCAUGCCACGUCAUCUGGAGCCACCACGUCGUCAGAAGUGAGAAGAAACACGCUGGAUUUGGGAUUCUCAACGAUGACGUCAUCAUCUGGACGCCGAUUGGCACUUAUCGAUUGUCCAGGACACGCUGGAUUAAUACGGGCGGUGCUAGCGGCUAGCACUGUUUUUGAUAUGGCUCUUGUGGUGAUCGAUGCCUUGUCUGGAAUCCAAGCACAAACCGCCGAACACCUUCUCCUCGCCUCGAAAUUCUGCCCCAAUCGAGUAAUUAUCGUCCUGAAUAAAUGUGAUUUAGCAGACCAGACGAAGAUAAAAGAUACGACGAAAAAAGUGAGAAAAGGUCUGAAAUCGAUGGGUGUUGAUGAGAGCUCACCGGUGGUGGAGAUGAGUUUAGCGGAGGGAUUUUUCAAAGAGGAAAUGCUGGAAAAUUUGAAAAAUGCCAUAGAAUCGAGGAUUUUUGAGCCGAGACGAGAUACGGAUGGCUCAUUUCUCAUCGCCAUCGAUCACUGUUUCGCUAUCAAAGGACAGGGAACUGUGUUGACGGGGACGGUUAUUCGAGGAGUGUUGAGACUAAACUCGGAAAUCGAGUUCUCCUCUCUCUCGGAACGUCGUCGUGUGAAGACUCUCGAAUCAUGGAAACAACGUGUCGCCCACGUGGCAUCCGGAGAACGGGCGGCCUUCUUAGUGACGCCUUCAUUCGACGAGAAUCGAUUUUCCCGAUGUAUUUCUGGACCGCCCGGCACGCUGAAAUCCACGAAAACUGUUUUAGCAACAGUGGAACCCAUUCAAUUCUUCCGGAAAUCGAUAAAUUCGAAAAGUAAAAUCCACGUGGCGGUAGCGUUCGAGACAGUGAUGGCAGAGUGCCAAUUUUUGAGAGACGCAGAGAAUGGGGAGAUGGAAUUGCUUUCGAGUCUUCAACCACCGUGUCGGGUGCUGCUGAAAUUCGAAAAAUCGAUAUUUCUACCAGAAAAUUUCGAAAUGCCUUAUAUGGCCGCCCGUCUGGAACAGCAGCCGGGAAGUGGGUGUCGAUUUGCGUUUAGUGGGGUGUUGGAGACGAGUAAUAACACGGAAAAUCUGAAAAUAUUCAGUAGAAAAUGUCGGAAAGGAGUGGUGGAGAGAAUUGAGAAAGACGGACAAUCGGCGAUUUGUACAGGAAUGUUCAAGGCGGAGACGAAUUUCGAUGUUUUUCGGAAUUUUCAGAUUCUCACCUCAUCGGGUCCACGUGGAACCAUCGAAGGCGCUUUCGGAAAAUCUGGAAAAUUCCGUGUCGUUUUCCGAGAGAAUAUCGAUGGAAUCGUGAAGGAAAAAGAGGAAAUUUUACUUUUUAUGAAGAAAUAUCAUAGUGAUAAUCGACUUGUCAGUUAUAUUCCAGAUGAUACUGUACAAAUUGUUGAAUAA